GACACUGCAAGUCUCUGCUUGGAAGAAGAUGAGACAUCCAUACCAAGGGAAAAAAGUCUAAGCAACUUGAAUAAAAAGGAAGAGAACCCCAAACCAGAUGCUGAGGACUGCCUAAGGUUUGCUGGCGAGACCUCAGGGAAGCCUUUUGUGUCAGCAGCUGCCUCAGCCUCUUGUGUGCCCCAGCAUGGCACAGAGCUCAGCACUCCCAUUGGUGGGUGACUAGAAUAGGGGAGACAAGGAGACUGGAAAUCGUGACCUCGAAUCUCAAAUUCCUUUGAAGACUGAAGGAGAGACCUGUGUGCAGGGACCAAGGACAGUGACUCUUCAGAAGGAAACACAGCCUCCCCCCAGUGUUUUGGCUCUCUGCACCUGCCCCUGGACACUGUGGAUUAUGGCCCAUACCGAACAAGAGCAAAGAGUCCUUCGAAUCUCCUCUACAUGCUACUCCCCAUGAACCAGAGACCCUGACAAUUCCCGAGCUAACUGCUUUGCUGCUGACUCUUGUCCAAAGUGCUGAAUAUAGCGUGGGGUCUUCCGGAUUGGGGGAAUCAAGGACUAACUAACUUAGAAAUAAAAUAAAGACCUUUCUUCACUGUGACAUGAAUUAACGGCUCUGUUUCCUACCUGGCUCAUACUUCACUGACUGUUCUAUCUGACUAGAUCUACUGCCCUUGAAGAGGAAGUGUGGCAUUCUUCCCUUGACUCCAUCUUGGCUUCUGGGUAAUGAAGGUCGUCUCCAUCGUUGUGGUCCUCCUCUUGCCCACGCUGACCCACAGCAGCUUCUGGCAAUUUGGAAGGAUGAUCAAGCUCAUUACUGGGAGGAAUGCCUUAUUCUCUUACUAUGGCUAUGGCUGUUACUGUGGACUGGGGGGCAGAGGAAACGCAGUGGAUGAUACUGACAGGUGCUGUCAGGAUCAUGACUGCUGCUAUGCUGAGCUGAAGACCUGUUGUGGCUGUCAGCCAAUGUUUAGCACCUACCAAUUCCACAUUGUCAAUGGAAGUGUGAUCUGCUAUGGUGGCAGGAGUGGCAGGAGUCUCUGUGGGUCACUGACCUGUGAGUGUGACAAGAGAUCUGUUUACUGCUUCAAAGAGAGCCUUCGCACCUAUAAGAAGAAUUAUCAGUUCUAUAGUCAGUCCCGGUGUGGUGUGAACAAGGUCAUGUGCUAAGGAAGAGGCCAGGACAUGGUGCUUCCCCAACAGACAAGAGACUCCCCCCUCUCUUAAAACUCUGCACAAGAUUUACCUCCAGGAACACUUCCCAGAUGAAGCUCAGCACACUUAGAUCCAGAACCACAGAUUGUUAGAGCUUUGGACGUGGACGUAGAAUGUUAGAGCUAGAAGGGUCCUUAGAACCUAGAAUGUCAGAGCCGAGAAGGAUCUCAGACUAUAGAAUUCCAGAGCUGGGAGGGACCUUAGAGCACAGAAUAUGAAAACAGAAAGGACCCUUAGAACAUAGAAUGUCAGAACUAAAAUGGACCUUA